GGUUACACGUGGCGACACGGCAUGGCGGCGGUUGGAGACGGGGCAGAGUCGCGCUGCCGCUGCCGCUUCUCCCCGGCGGCGGCCGAGUGCUUGGCCACCGCGGCGGCGGACGGCAGGAUCCGGGUGUGGAGCACGCAGGGCAGCGGCCUGAGGCACGAGUACGUGCCGUCCUCUCACCUGAGCGCCACUUGCAGCUGCCUGGCGUGGGCUCCCCCGCGGCCGCUCGGUCAGGAUGGUCCACAAAAGAAAAAGAGAAGAUCAGAAAAUGUGCACAGUAGUCCAGAGUUGGACCUGUUAGCUAUCGGCACAGCAGUCGGCAGCAUCUUACUGUACAGCACAGUGAAGGGAGAACUCCAGAACAAGCUGGAUGGCGGACAUGUCAGUAAAGUGAACUGUAUACAGUGGCAUCAAGAGAACGGUCAUCUAUACAGUUGCUCAGAUGACGGACACAUAGCGGAAUGGAACGCACGAACAGGGAAAGUGAAAUGCAAGUGGAAAGCUGAGAAGGGCAGUGUCAGCUGUUUAUGUAUCAGCCCCGAUGGAAAGAUGUUGCUCUCGGCAGGCCGUGGCAUCAAACUAUGGGACUUGGAGACCAAAGAAGUGUACAAGAAAUUCACAGGCCACUCGACAGCAGUCACGUCUCUCACGUUUGCAGCAAUACGACCUGCCAAUGACAGUCCGCCGUUUGAUGGAAUAACUGGGCUGUACUUCCUGUCUGGCGCUGCACAUGAUCGAAUUCUUAAUGUUUGGCAAGUACGGUCAGAUGGAAAGGAUAAAAAUGCAGUGCUCUCCUUUACAUUGACAGACGAACCUAUAUAUGUAGAUCUGUCCACUUCUGAAGACCGGGAAGACCCCAUGAAGCUGGCAGUUGUGUGCAGAGAUGGACAAAUGCAUCUGUUCGAGCACAUUUUAAAUGGGUUCUGCAAAAAGCCUCUCUUACCAACCUGCACGGUACAGGUAGCCACAUCGGGAAAGGGCACAGACACAAGACCUGUUCCUAUCCUGGGAGCUGCGUUUUGUUCGGAUAGGCAAUCGUUACUGAUAGCAUACAACACCGUGUUGCAUCCAAUCCUAGAGAAAGUGACGCUGAACACCACCGAACCCCAUAUUUGUCUGGUGAGAGAUGUCCAGACACUGGUGGUACUCAGAACAGAAUCGGCUGUAACUAAGGUAAAAACACCAAUAGUAAAAUCUGGGGUGAAAGUGUUGGUGCCUGGUACUCCUGGGCAUAAUGCAGCCAUUAAGUCUGUACCCAUGGAAUCAAAGAAGAUUGAAGCUAAGAGGAAGAAGGGUGCAGAUAAUGAGUUGAGUAUUGAGGAGCGUCUUUGUACCAUGGAUAUCGAGACGAUGAAAGUGAAGAAUAAACCCGGUGUGCCUCAGGCAGAUAGCUUUGCUGUGCUGCUCGUACAGGGGUUGGAGAGCAACGACGCUAACAUUCUAAAUAAAGUGCUUCAGACAAAGAAAGAUUUUGUGAUCAAGAAUACCAUUGCCAGGUUACCUAUUUCUUCAGUGAUUCCAUUGGUUCAGGAGAUCACAAGGAGAUUACAAGGACACCCUUUUAAUGCUAUAUUGAUGGUUAAGUGGCUAAAGACUGUCUUCACCCACCAUGCAUCUUAUCUCUCAACAUUGCCAGACCUUGUGCCACAGCUAGGGGUCCUGUAUCAGCUGGUGGAGAGCCGAGUGAAGACAUUGCAGAAACUUUCUCGACUGCACGGCAAGCUUUACCUAUUGGUAACCCAGGUCGCAGCUUCAGAGACGAUGCGAAAUGUAAAGGACAUGAACCAAACUGCUAAGCUUGUGUACGAAGAAGAAUCUUCAGAGGAAGAAAAUUCAGAAGAUGAGCUAAUGCCUGAACAAAAAUCUGAUGAGAACUGGGAGGAAGACGAGGAGGAGGUGAAGGAGAAAGCGAAUGAUUCAAAAAUGCACGUCGACAAAGAAACCGAUGAGGACUCUGAGGAGGACUUACACACAGAAAAUGAAAGCGAAGAGGAAUAAGAUCAACUUUUAAGAAAAAUUUGACUUCAUAACUGCACACUUGGGCCAAUGAUUUUGACCGUCACAUCUGAAAUCUUACUUUUCAGAUAUUGUCUUUCUCUAAUCUGGAGAGCAGUGGUGGGCUGGCUGACAGUCAAUGGGCCCUUAAGAACUGUUCGUGCACUUUGGAUUCCGAAGAAUGUUUGACUAUUGCUGUGCCCAGUUCACAAAACCUAUUAUAUACAACUUCAACCAUGUUUCUUAUUGAAGUUCAUUUUUGGAACAUUUCUAUAUGGAGCAACUUGCUACAUAGGCAUUACUUGUGGUAAGAGCUUGUGACCGCUGAGGAGAGGAGA